AUGGACGAUUUAUCUGUUGAGAAUGAGGAAGUGCCGCCGGAAAGAACUGAGCCUUACGUCGAUGCUUAUGCAAUUAAGAAUGACUAUCAGUUGGUCACUGGUAACUCUAACACCAUUAAGACAGAAAAUGAGAAACUGGCAGCAAUGGGUCGGAAUGACCUGUACAAAGUUGAGCUUGAGUUCAAAAAUAUUACCCUGACCUGUCCCUGUGGGGGGAAACGGCGGGUUAACAAUGGUCGUGGGGAAAGGGAAAUUCAAUCAACUUGGAAACUGGGAUGUCCUGCAAAAGUGCAUCUGAUUGCCAACAGACGCCAACUUGUAGUGAAAGAGUUUGUUACUCGUCACAAUCAUACCUGUGACGCACAAUUUUUUAAGGCACUACCGAAGACAAGGAGGCUGAAAAUGGCAGAUCCACAACUCCAAGACACUGUUAAGUUGCUUUUUAAAGCAGGUGUGAAGCCCUGCACAGUGAGGACCGUUCUCAGGGAACAAGGUUCUGGUGAAGUUACUCAGCGUGACCUGGCGAAUCUGCGGGCCAAAUGGAAAGCAGAUGGUCUGGAGGGCAAAACUCCAAAGGAAAAGCUUGUCGAGACCCUGGAGAAGAUAAAAGAAGCUGAUCCUGGAACUUCUAUCCAUAUUGGUGAAACUGAGGGGGAGAUGACCCACCUUUUUAUUCAAACCACAGCUAUGAAAAAAAAUGUUCAGAAGUAUGGUAAAGUACUUUUGCUUGACCAUACAUACAAAGUGACCAAAACUGAGAUGCCGGUCACUGUUAUGAUGGUGAUGGAUGGCAAUGGUGCUGGCAGAUCCGCAGGAUAUGCAUUUGUAGCCAACGAGAAAGCAGUUACUAUUAAAAUGGUCCUAGAGGCUUUUGUGAAGAGUGUUGGUGAGGAAGUGGCCAACAACAUUAAAACAGUGAUAAUUGAUAAAGAUUAUUCUGAAUGUAGUGCCAUUAAGGCUGUUUUGCCUGGAGCCCAAAUUCAACUAUGUGAUUUCCAUGUUUCCAAAACAUUUAAGAAAAAGGUUCAACAGGAGAAACACUUAACUGAUCCACAAAAGCAGGAAGUUUCAAAAUUGUUACUUGAGCUACGAUAUUGCUGCGACCAUUCCAAGUUUGCUGAGCUCUGUGAUGAACUUAAAUCCAAAGUUUCUGAAGAAUUUUGGAAAUAUUUUGAUGAUAACUGGCUGAAAUGUGAAAUGGCCUGGUCCUUCCGUGAUAAAAAGAUAUCACCAAAUUUAGGAAAUACCACCAAUAAUAGACCGGAAAAUCACAACUCUAAAUUGAAAAUGUUUCUGAAUGUUGACAAAGAACUUUAUGAAGCUCUUCUUCUCAUCCUUGAAGUAGUUCAAAAUAAGGAGGAAGACAUUCUCUUUUUAACUACCACAGAGUCUGUGAAAGAGACUUACAUCAUGCAUUGUCAUGACCCUGUCAUUAAAGAAAUUCUAAAUGACAUGACAAAAUUUUCAGCAAAGCUUACAAUUUUUGAAUUCAAGCAAAUCCCAAGUGAUGAUGAGCUUGAAAAAUGGCAGACCACCAACUCCAGCUGUCUGUGCCCACACUGGUGGAGUUACUUACUUCCAUGCAGACACAUUAUGCAAUCUAGAAGGAAAUCUGGUGCUACAAUUCAUGAUCGGUCUGAGAUUGACCCCAUGUGGCUCUUACCUGAUUCAGACAAUGAUAGGGAAGAACAAAGUGUGGAUUUCGGACAAGGGAGGGUCUAUCACAAUGUUGUACCCAAAAUGAUUCCACAAACAUGGAAUGAAAGGUACACCCAUGCUAUGUCCAAGGCGAGGGGUCCAUCACUCCCCAAAAUUGUGUACAAUGAUUGGAGGUAA